UAAUUUGUUGGAGGCGAUGAAGGAAGUAAUCAUCAAACCCUCAUCAUCCUCCUCCUUGUCCAACGCGCACAAGUCUGCAGGAAAUUAAAACCAGAAAGCUAGGAAAGAAGUACUACGUCUCGCGCGUGAAGAAAAUGGCAAAGCUGCAACGUCGUCUUUGUUUAAUAUUGUUUGCAACUAUCGGCUGUUUUCUAAGCGGGCUGCAGGUACGUGCAAUGACGCACAUUGUUGGAGGAAGCUAUGGCUGGCGUUUCCCUUCAGCUAAUAUUUCCUUUUACCAAGAUUGGGCCAGGCCCAGAAAUUUCACUGCCGGAGACAAACUGGUCUUCUUGUACACAACGGGCAUGCACAACGUGCUAGAGGUUAAAAAGGAGGAUUAUGAUGAUUGCACUCAGAAGAAUGUGAUCAAAACUUACACAAAUGGACCAACAAUUUUUGAGCUCACCAAACCUGGUGAUCACUUCUUCAUUUGUGGUCUCAGCAAUCAAUUCUGCAACGGUGGCCAGAAGUUGAGCAUUAGGGUGAUGAACGGAGAUACGUCUUCCGAUGGUACUACUGGUGGUUUAUUUGGGAUCAUUACCAAGUCCAGCUCGGCCGAUCAGUUGAUUCACAGUCGUCUCGGUAUGGUUUUGGGUUUGCUUCUUCCACUGAUCAUCAUCAUCAUCAUGCUGUUAAUAUAAUAUAAGAUGAUGACGAUGAUGACGAUGAUGAUCAGCUCUCAUCAUGUGUAAAUUAUUAAUUGGGAUCUUUAAUUAAUUGUAAGCUGCAUUAAUGUGAGAUCGAUGCUAGCUAACUAGCAUGCAUUCAGUAGUA